CCGCAUGCGUGGCUGAUGGAGCUGGGCUCGGGGCUGCCGCAGCGCAGGGCGGGGGGCGGCGGGCUGGACCUCGGGGCGGGCUCGGCGGCGGGGUCGCCGGCGCUCUCCGGGGCGCAGUCCCGCCGCAGGAAGCAGCCGCCGCGCCCGGCCGACUUCAAGCUGCAGGUGAUCAUCAUCGGGUCGCGGGGGGUGGGCAAGACCAGCCUCAUGGAGCGGUUCACCGACGACACCUUCUGCGAGGCCUGCAAGUCCACCGUGGGUGUUGAUUUUAAAAUCAAAACAGUAGAGCUAAGAGGAAAGAAAAUUAGAUUACAAAUCUGGGACACAGCAGGUCAGGAGAGAUUCAACAGCAUUACCUCAGCUUAUUACAGAAGUGCCAAGGGAAUUAUUUUGGUGUAUGAUAUCACCAAGAAGGAAACAUUUGACGAUUUGCCAAAAUGGAUGAAAAUGAUUGAUAAGUAUGCUUCAGAAGAUGCAGAGCUUCUAUUAGUUGGAAAUAAACUGGACUGUGAAGUUGAUCGAGAGAUUACUCGACAGCAGGGAGAAAAGUUUGCACAGCAAAUAACUGGGAUGCGGUUCUGUGAAGCAAGUGCCAAGGAUAAUUUUAAUGUGGAUGAAAUAUUUCUAAAACUUGUUGAUGACAUUCUGAAAAAGAUGCCACUGGAUGUUAUAAGAAAUGAGUUGUCCAACAGUAUCCUGUCCCUGCAACCAGAGCCAGAAAUCCCACCAGAACUGCCUCCUCCAAGGCCACAUGUCCGUUGCUGUUGACUUGUUACUUCCUACAGAGUGAAAAAUAGGAGCGGGAGGGUAAAGAAAGUAUCUGUACUACUCUGCACUACAAUCAUUUGGCAGUUUCUCGUUGCACUUUGUUAUUCAAGUCAGAGCUACACACUAACUUGUAAAUAUGCAAAUAUGCAAUCCUAUGUAGGAUUCAACUAUAACAUUAUUACCCCUCUCCCUCACAAUGAUGUUUUGUUCAUUGCCCCAGUGUUAUAAAUACUGUACAGUCGUUGGGGGUUUGCCACACAUCCAGUUGAGGAGAAGGAGAAAUUAAAUCUAUACCUAUUCUUGACAUAAAUGUUGUAAUAGUUCUUUGUUAUUAUAAACAGGCAGGCAGAAGCUCUUCUGGUAUGAAGAUAAGUAUAUGGUGCUUUGCUAACUAUUUUAAAGACAAAUUUUUUAAAAACAGAGGACUUUAUGUACAAAGCUUCCAUAAUCGGCGUUAUGUUUCCUUUUAAUGUAGUGAAAACAUUUUUUGGCUGUAGCAUCCUCUGCUGACUGGAUUUAUUGAAAAGCUAAGUUUAAUUUUUGGCAGUCUUCUAUUUAUUUUGUUUAAUGCUGCACCCUUUCUUUGUGUACCAAGACAUCACAUCUGGUGCAGAUCUAAGAUUGCACUUUGAAAUAGCCUAUAUAAUUUUCUGCAUAAACAUAAACUUGGGUUACAAGAAUCACUAAGUUUCAAUAAAAGAAUGGAUAUAUAUUCAAGCUCUAAAAGAAGGUAUAAAAAGCAAUGCUGCUGUCCUAGACAAACUCUUAAAAGAAAAAAAAAAUUAAGAUGAUACUUUUCCUGUGUUAAGGAAUAUAUAUGUGUAUUUUUGUCUGGACAUCUGUAGGGUUGGGGGGAAGGGAACCUAAGGUAAAAUUAUUUUCUUUCCUAAUGGUGGAAAUUAUUCCCAUCAAGCAAAUACUGUGUUAGGAUUUUGUCUGAUAAUUAACUUGUGAAUUAUAUCUUUGGUAUAUCUUUUAUUAAAUGCACUGUUUAGUUUAGCUGUGGUAAAUCAGUAGAUAUAUAUUUGAAUAACUUGGUGUGUCCUGAAUGUUGUGGUAUUGAAAAACAUUGUGGUCUUUCUAAACUAAUGAAGUGCAAAUAAAAUUUUGUAUUUAUGAAUGACAGUGGAACUGCACCUGUUAUUAGAAUGGCAAGUAUCAAGUGAUGGGUAAAAGGUAGAAUCUGGAAUAUGGAACAACACUUGUUUUAAUUUUGUUAUGGUUUAAUUUUCUGUUUGACAGUUCCUUAAGGUGUAGUGAGAGGAGCAGCAGAUGUUAGUUGUUCACCUUGAUCACUGCUCUGUUGGGAGAGCAGCUGAUGACCUAGCCCAGCUCAUAUCUUCAAAUAGCAUGUGACUGCCUGUCAUGCUGUCUUAGCAGGUGGUCACCAGACUAUUAAUUACACAGACAACACAAGUAUGAACCAGUCUUUUUUACACUACAGCUUCUCUACUUCACGUUCUCUGGUGCUGGAACACAUUUUGUCACUUUUGCCACUCUUCUAGCCAGAACGCUGGCACUGAACAGUAAGGCAUACCACUGACUUAAACAGCUUCUCUCUGUUUUAUGGGAGAAAAAAGAUACAACAAACUGUUAACAUUAAAAAAAAAAGAGAAAAAGAAAAAAAAAGAAGAAAAAAACUAAACCAAAACCACACCAAAAAAAGAGCCCUUAUUUCAGUGAGUAAGCUCUGACAGUAUGAAUACAAUACCAUGCAGGUCUUAAGCACACCUGGAUUUCUACUGACAAAUUAAGGAAAGCAUGGUUGAUAUUUGUGUCUUCUACCACCUUGUGCCUAAACAGUUUGCUUUUUUUCAUAGUAAACUUACAGUUUGCUAUCAUACUGGCAAGGUAAAAUAAAUUUCUAAAGCACUUCUAUGAGUUCUGAUGAUACUGUGGGUAAUAACGAGGAAGGGAAUCUUAUGGAAAAUUGAUUUUAACUUGACAACCGUUUUAUUUUAGCUGAUUUGUUUUUAUUUGUACUUAGAAACUUGUGAUUUUUUUUCCUGCAGUUUUUGAAUUUAAUAAAAAUUAAGACAUUUGACUUAGAUAAACUUUCUUUUUGUAGUUCUGUGCUGUUUGUAUAUAGGCAGAUUGGAAUCUCAGUCUCUUGUACCAAAAAUUAAAAACUAUUGCAUUUGAGAAGGACAUAUUUAUGUGAGUGUUUGAAUGUAUUUGAUUAUUUAUUGGAAAUCAUAAAAAUUUCCAGAAACCUGUUUGCUUUGCAUCCAUUAUACUAUGGAGAGGGUUUUGACUUUUGAUUUUCUCUCUGCAAAUUUUAUAUGAGUCAAAACCACUGCAUUUAUGUCCUUGCUCCACCCAGCAGACGUUUGUGGUGUGAUGCAGAAAGAGGGGUGGGAAAAGAAAGUUAUUCCUGCUGCUCCCUUGCCUCAUACGGAAGUUCAGCAGUCAGCCCAACCUUUGUUGACAUCUAAUGAUGGACUGUUUGAAUGGUCUGCACAACCACUGAGAGAGAUCACAGGAUGGAAAGAAGAAGGGAAGGUGAGCACUAGCUGCAGCUCUUUUCUAACGCUGUUUUAGCAGAUCACUGUUCUUCAGAAGCCCUGGUUAAGGGGGUCCCAUUCCCACCCUUCAGGAAGUGUGUGGGUUUGUUUCCUUCUAAUACAUGCUUUACCACUAAAUUCAUCAGAUGCUGCUGAGGUCCUCUAGUCCCUGGCAGUUUUCUUCAUGAUGGAAAAAAUACACGGGAGUGUCUUUUGGUAAGCAGAAAUCACAGGAGUCAGAAAUGGGAUAGUAACACCUGCUCUGAAGCAGUGGUGGUUUCUUGACUUUCUUGAAUCACAGAAAUAAUAAAAUAUUGAAAAAACUGUAGAUAGAUCGUGGCUGCUGAAGGGCGGUUUGCCACUAAUUUCAAUGGAGUUAGGAUUUAAUCCAGUAAAUUCCAGAAAUUAUAUUAUGUCCAGUUAGCACUGUGUCUGGUACCAAAACCAAAGUUUAUAUCUAUAAAGAGACUGAAAUAAUGUUUGAUUGUGUCUCUAAACUUUUAGACCUGGACUCUAGUGGGCAUUCAGCCAGUGGGUUAACAGAUCAUUUCUUCAGAAGUGAACAAUAGGAACAUAGGAAGACUGGAAAUUUCUCUUUUGUCUACUGAUCACAGAAAAAUGAAAACCACUGGCUUAUCUGAAUGUCUCAAAUGAUGCACUGUUGCUAGAGGAAUAGUGACAGUCACAUUUUCCUUUCAGUAGAUGUUCUGCUCCUUCAGAGCAGAGAUACACAACUAAUGUCAACAUUUGGUACUUCUGAUAAAGGAAGACCAGAAGAAGUUGGAAAAAAAGGAUUGGAAGUUAAAAUACCAAACCUAAGCCUCCCCUGAUUUAGAUUGAGACCAUCUCCUCCUGUUCUGUUACUUGGGAAAAGAAGCUGACCCUCACCUGGCUACAACCCCUUUCAGGUAGUGGUAGUGAGCGAUAAUGUCCCUGCUGAACCUCCACUUCUCCCGCCUAAACAACCCCUGGUCCCUCAGCCACUCCUCAUAAGACCUGUGCUCCAUCCCAUUCACCAGCUCCCUUGCCCUUUUCUGGGCACACUCCAGCACCUCAAGAUCUUUCUUGAUGUGAAACUGAGCACAGGAUUCGAGGUGCAACCUCACCAGUGCAGACUAUAGAGGGAGAAUCACUGCCAUGAUCCUGCUGGCCACACUGUUCCUGGUACAGGCCAGGAUGCCAUUGGCCUUCUUGGCCACCCAGGCGCACUGAUGGCUCACGUUCAGCUGCUGUCAACCAGCACCCUGAGGUCCUUUUCCACUGGGCAGCUUUCCAGGCACUCUUCCCCAAGCCUGUAGCAUACCAUGGGCUCGUUACGACCUGAGUCGAGAACUGGCAUUUUGCCUUUUUGAACCUCAUGCCAUUGUCCUCAGCCCAUCAGUCCAGUGUGUCCAGAUCCCUCUGUAGAGCCUUGCUGCCCUCCAGCAGAUCAACACUCCUGCCCACCUUGGUGUCAUCUCCACACUGACAGGGUGCGCUAAAUUCUCUUAUCCAGAUCAUCAAUGAAGACUGGCCCCAAGACUGAGCCUUGGAGAACCCCAUUAGUGACUGGCUGCCAGCUGGAUGCAGCUCCAUUCACUGCCACUCUGGACCCAGCCCUCCAGCCAGUUCUUAACCCAGUGAAGAGUGCACCUGUCCGAGCCAUGAGCAGCCAGUUUCACCAGGAGAAUGCUUUGGGAAACAGUGUCAAAGGUUUUACUGAAGUUCAGGUAUACAACAUCCAGAGCGUGACCUUCACCCACUGGGCAUGUCAUCUUGUCAUGGAAGGAGAUUUGGUUAGUCAAGCAGGACCUGCUUUUCAUACACUUACGCUGGCUGUCCUGUACAUGUUGUGUGAUGGUGCUAAAGAUGAUCUGCUCCAUGGCCUUCCCUGGCACUGAGGUCAAACUGACAGGACUGUAGUUCCCUAGAUCCUGCUUCUGGCCUUUCCUGUAGAUUGUCCCCCUCCUGUCAGCUGGGACCUCCGUGGUCAGCCAGGACUGCUGAUAAAUGACAGAAAGUGACCUACUGAACUCUCCUGCCAGCUACCUCAGGACCCUUGGGUCGAGCCCAUCAGUCCCUAUAGACUUGUGUGUAUCUAAGUGGUGUAGCAGGUUGCUAACUUUCCCUUUGGAUUUUGGGAGCUUCAUUCUGCUCUCCAUCCCAUUCUUCCAGCUCAGGUGGCUGGGUACCCAGAAAACAAAUGGCCUUACUAUUAAAGACUGAGGCAAAGAAGGCAUUAAGUAUCUCAGCCUUUUCCUCAUCCUUUGUCACUGUGUUUACCGAAGCAUCCACUAAAGGAUUGAAAUUCUCCUUAGCCCUCCUUUUGCUGUGGAUGUAUUUAUGGAAACAGUUUCUAUUGUCUUCUGUGGCAGUAGCCAUGUUAAGUUCUAGUUGGGCUUUGGCCCUUUCAAUUUUCUCCCUGUGUAACCUAUGACAUCCUUGUAGUCCUCCUGAGUUGCCUGCCCCUUCUUCCAAAGGCCAUAAACUCUCCAUUUUCUUCCUGAGUUUCAGCCAAAGCUCCCUACUCAGCCAGGCCAAUCUUCCUUGCAGGCUUGUCUUGCAGCGCAGGGGAUGGCCUGCUCUUGUGGCUUUAAGAUUGCCUUCUGGAAGCACAUCCAGCCUUCCUGGAUUCCUUUACCCUUCAAGACUGCCUCCCAAGGGGCUCAGUCAACCAGAGAUUAAAUUAAUCUGUAAUUUAUGUCACCACACUGAAGGACAAAGAAUCUCUGGCAGCAAAGUGCUUACCUUAAUUGGUUUGCCUUUUUAUUGUUCUUUGUGAAAGGGAUAUCAUAAAGUGAUCAUUACUUAGAGUGCUAGAUUUAAGAAGAAUUGGAAAUUUGGUGAGUGUUUUUGACUUUGGCAAGGAUUUCUAGUUAAUCCAGUUAGCCAUGGAAGCCAGUAGCUGCUUACAGUCCAGUGUUAUUGUUUUUCUAAAUGGGGCUGUUCUGCUAGCUGUCAGUGCUAGCAUCAGCUCUGGGAUCCUUUUGUUCCAUGCCAUUACCUGCUUCAUGUCAGAAUCUCACUAGUUUGGAAGAUUUAUAGCAGGUGCAUUUCUGAGGUGGGAAGGAAAGCAAGGUACAUAGGAAAAGGGAACGGAGCUACCAAGCUAGUAAAGAACGUGAACAAAACCCUUUUGUUUAGACAAGGAAUGGGAAGUGCAGUCUGUUUCCAUCUUGGUCACUUUCCUAUAUUGGGAGUUCAUCCUCAUGAGUUCAUCUCUGCAGUCUGUGAAAGACAAAAAGGAAAUGCAGCAACCAGCAUGAAUUCAUUCUCCCUUCUUGCUCUGGCAGUUUUUCACUCAGAGGAAACAGUAGUAACUUUGCUGAAGCAAAGAAUCCUUUCCCAGGAAUGGAUCAGCUCAUUACUGUCCUGAUGGCAGGUAUAGUCAUACUUCGGGGAGAAAAGGCACAAAUACUUGGACUGUGCCUUUCAAAUUACUGCCAUUGUUUAUACAGAUUCUUGAUUGUGCCGAUUGCAGCUCUUCCUUUUUAAACAGUUGAAAUGGGUCAAUUGGAGAUGUUAGUCCUUAGCAUUUUUUUAUUUCUUGUUGAAAGAUGUAAAACCUGUAGUUUUUAAAGAGUUGGAUUUGCUCUGUCCUAACUAGUUGUCAGAAUUGCUGCAUUAAAUGUAGCGUUUGUUCAUCUUUCUCUUCCUUCUGGUUUCUUAGAACAUUUCAGACGGUCAGAUACGAAGGUGGCAUAAAUAUGUUCACACUAAAGAAUGAAAAGCUGAGGUGUCAGAGUUCAUAUUAGGCUGAAGGAAGUUUCGAGUACUCUGAGGUUUUCUGGCAUGGCUUGAAAUUCCUGACAGGGCAGCGCACUGGUGGAGAUUGUCCAUUAGGGGUCAGUGAAGCUCCACCGGUGGAGGUGUUCCCUGCCCUGUCGGAUGAAGGGAACCCUUUUCACUGCUUCCUACUGAUUAAAUGUCUCUUUCGUCAAAAAUCCUGCUUUUUCCAAAGCAGCAGCUUAAAGUAUAAUAGUGAUGUAUAGCUGUGGGUGCUAAAAAUAUUACCAAAGAAAUGCACGAGUGUGUUGUUUCCGUACAAGAAGGAAGUACUGAAGGAUUAAAAAGGCACUUUUCUUUCUGUAUGCAAAGUUGUGUUUGCUUAAGUGUCUUUUCUGACAGAAAGGAUAUUUUUAGCUAACUUCCAGUGAUCUGCAUGCUAGGUGCCAUCUGUUGUACUUCUUGAGGAUCCCCUUCAAUAUCUUGUUCAAAAAUUAUUAAGUAUCCAGAUGGGCCUUCUUAAUGUCCCAAUAAAUGAAUCAAAAUGUCCCCCAAAAACAUCAGUGUGAUUUAUUACUUUUCUCUCCGUCAGGACUCAUCUUUUUCAUUCUUUUUUUUUUUUUUUUUUUUUUGACAAUUUUAGAAUUGUCCAUAAAAUCUGUUCUUUCUACUAUUAUGUGAUUGGGUGGUCUUGAGUGAAAUUAUUUUUCCUUCCAACUCUGGCCAAAAUACAGGCAAACUAUCUCUGGGGAAGAGUACUUUUCCUUAAAAUUGUAAAGGUAAACUUUGUAUGUUAAUACUAAGUACUUCAGAGGUCUGAUUCCUUACAUUAUUCUUUGAAGAUGCUGUUUUAUCACAGAGGAUUAUAGGGUCAAUCCCAUUUAAACAAAAUUUUAUGUCAGUCUGGCCAGGUGCCAGCCCUUGCAAAAGAAUCCAACUUCCUCUAGAUCCUAACAGAUCAUUAUGAAUUUUUUUUUUUUUAGUUAUAAGUUUGAAUUUUUGUUUCCUGAAGAUGAUUUUUGCUCUUAGAAAGGAGGAAUCCUGUUUGGUGUUGACUGUGAUUUUUGUUGUCAUAAGGGAAUUAAGAUACUUUUUUAAAUUAAAAUUGUUUUAUUUUCCUCUAACCCAGAUUCCUUAUCAUGUUCUCUAAAGCCUUAUUAUGUGGCAUUUAAAGAUUAUAAAAAUUUACCAUAUGUGUCUCAGUGUGUUAGUACGCCUUAUCUGGCGUAAGAUUUUGAGUCCCUAAAAGCUGGCUGGUACUGAAGAGGGCAAUCAGGUACUUUUCUCAGGCAUAGUGAUGCAAACAGUAGCAACAUAAACACAGGCUUUAUGGAACUGUCCAAGCUUGCCUGAAAAGAGGGAAGGAAGGCAGUAGGACAGCCAAAAUGUGUUACCUGCCAAGUUAUGAAAUUACUUUAUGCUACAGGUUUCUGACUACAGUCCUUCUUUAAGGUUACUGCAGCUGCCCCUAAUGGAGUCUUAGUGGCAUAUCAAGAAGGGGACAAAAUGCAAAGAGCUCUAAUAACCACUGGGAGAAAGAGGAGACCAGAAAAUCCAUCUGCUACCAAUGAUGACAUCUGCAUAAGGGCAUUGCUGUCUUUACUCCAAUGCAGUUUUGAUUUUUAAGAAAAGAGAAAUGGAAGGGGCUUCUCAAGCCUCAUUAACUUAAUCCCCUGUGUUAUAAAAUGGAGGCUUUUUCCUCACUGCAAUCCUCAAAUAAGCAAGGAUUUAAAGAAAAUAAACUUUGUCCCCUGAUGGGCAGGAAAUCUUGAUGAUAAACUUCUGCUGUCCCUGAGCUAAUGAAUCAUAAUAGCACAAUGGAUUUUUCUUCCAAGAUUUGGUCCGAUUGCUUGCAUUUUUUUAGACCCAUGUGGUUUAUUGAUAUCUUCAAUAUACUGUAGUAGCAAGUGCUACAGCAUAGCAAUACGCUAUGGGGAAAAGAGCUUCUCUUUAUUUUGAAUUUAUUAUCUGCUAAUUUGUUUCAUCCCCCAGCGUUCUCUUACCAGAAGAAACAGAUGAACAAUUGUUUCCUUUUCACCAUUUCUGUGCUAAAAUAACUUCCCGUAAUUUUAAGAUGUUUUAUCAAAUAUUUCCAUCAGUCAUAUCCUUUACAGUCUUGGCAAGCCCUUUUAUCUUCAGUUCUUCCUGUUAUUGAAUCCAUUUCAUACCUUUAAACAUCGUUGCAGCCCUUGUCUGUACAUAUUUUCUUUUACCAGCUCUUUUCAAGAAGGCUGGCACUGCAUUCAAAAAUGGGUUUUCAGCAUUGCUUUACACAAUAGCUUUUUAUAAUUCAAUCACCACUGUUACCAGAAGAGGACUUUUGUCCCAUGGCACCUUAGUAUCUCUUAAGAACCUUCACAACCUGAGGGAUGUGGUUGAAUGGCUUUUAUAAAUCUAGGUAAAUUAGAUCAAGUGCAUCCCCCUUUUCAUGCAGUCUGCGAUUGCUGGAUAUUACAGAUAUUCUUUCAUGACAUUUUUCUACAUGUCUUAUAUUAUUUGAUAACAGUAUCUACCAACUAUCCCAAAUCAGUGUCACUCCAACGUCCCUUAAGGAACUCUCUUCCGUGGAACGUGUGUGGGAGGACAGACAAGAUGGGUGGGUUUUGCACAAGAUGUGUGUAGUCACCGCUCUAGGGAAAGCACAGGCAGGUUGCACUGUUUCUGUCAUCUUAAGAGCAGACUGAAAGCAGUGAAAAUCCCCACGCUGACACAUUUAGAACUUUAAGCUUGGUUACAUAUAACUUCCACUACUGGAGGUGUUCUGGAUGCAAAUCUGUACUCAAAUAACUCGCCUUUGCAGGUUUUAGUCAACUCUGUGCAUCCAGACAUGGAUUACUCAAAAGGGCAACAAAAUACAUCUUAAUUGAAAUCAAUUUGUUAUUCUCAAGAACUUGUUAUAAGCAAAAAUGGGGACAAACCUUACUUGAGAAGCCAAGAAUUUAUUGCUCAUCUAAUUGGCAUUUUAGUAGACUUAAGUAAAAUGCAAUAAACAGUUACUUCAAAUAGUCCAGUUACUAAAUUCCACAGUCCCAGUUAUCUUACUAAAUUAAUACUUCUCACUGUAUUAAAAAACAAAAAAAUCAAUUUAAAUUGUUGCAGAGAAAAGCACACAAGCACACAUACACACAUUGAGUGGAGUGUGAUGUUGAUGACUGGGUUUCUUCCUCUUUGCCAAGAGGAAUAUGAUGCUGGCAACUUCUUCCUCACUCUAGGUUCCACUUGGGGCUAUUUUUGUGGUUUCUGACAUUUUAUUAGACUUUGCUUUUUCUUCACUGGUCUGCAAAUACAUUACAUCUGCAUUUAUGAUAUACAGUGCAUUUCACGUGUGUUGGGUAAUGCCUUUUGCUCUCUUUUACUCCUAACUCUGGCUUUGCCUAGCUUCAAAUUGUGAGUAUCUUUAAUUUACCGUUGGUGAGGACUUGCAUCCCUAGUGUUAUCCCAAGCCCCCUCUUAUCAGUCCAGGACUGAUUUGUCUAGACCAUAUCUGGUGUUCUCACUUCGAAGGCCUUUGCUGUCAUACCUUGCCAUUGUUCCUAUAUAUUUGCACUGGUUGUUGUAUGUUUGAGUCCCAAAUACAUCCUUCUACAUAGAAUAGCCAACCACUAUAAAACUUAUUACAUCACAUGAUUAAAAUACACAAAAUUACACAGAAUGGGUAGUAUGUGGUCUGAUCAUUAGAAAAAAAUAAAAUGUUGUUACAUCUAAGCAAGCUAAACCAAGGUUUCCAGUCAGGCUGAGACAAGUUUAGCCAAGGAAAACCAGACAACUAGUCAAACAUCAGAUUAAAGAGACAUCACUUACAACAGAAAGAUUAUCAAAAUAACAUAUUGUUUUCUCUAGGUAGCUGUAGAUCCUCUGUAGGUGCCUUCUUGCAAGGCACCACCAAAUUAAAACAGGAGAAAGUUAUGUAUACUUAUGCUAUGGAUGCUGUGUCAAUCUUAACAAGUGAUGUGAUCCAAAAUGAGCAGCACUGUCGAACUGCAUUCGUGCUGGACAUUGCUAGGGCAGGGAUUGCUCUGGCCUUGCUCUGGUCUGGCCUCAGGGAGCGACUGCCGAUAGCAACCGGAAUUUGUUACCCGCACUCCUGAAGAACAGCUUCUGGUUUAGACUCUUCUAGUAGAAAUCCUCUUCAUAAACCAUGAAGUUCUAUGAUGUGAACCACAGUGCAGAUCCUCAUCUGAAUUAAAAUACUAACAGAGGUAUGCCUUGUAUGAGUUCAGAACUCAAGCUCUUAAGUGGCACUUUUUACUUACUGGAGCAUCUUCAAGUAGCAAAGAAGAAAAGUAAGAAAUUAGCACUGGAACCAGGGAACUAGACAAAACAAGAUAAAUGUGAGAGGAAAAUGAGAUUUCAUGAUAAAUUCACUCAGACAGCUAGUGAGAGAUUUCUGCAAGGGCCAUGAUGAGAUAUUAAAUGUAACUGCAAGAGACCAGGGUCAUCUACACUUUGAUCAAACUGAAAAAUGCAAAAGUACUGUCCACACGUCUGGAAAAGCAUACACUCAUGGUUCAAUGGGAGGAAAAAAGUGGAAAGUAACAAUGUUGAAAGACAAGUAUACUUCAAACUGAAUCUCAUUUUCUUAGAUGCAGUCCUUAUUUGUAAUGUCUUGAUUUCUUUUUUGACAUCUGGGGCAAGGAACACUAAGCUAUGUCAAAUGCCAGCUCGCCUCUUGAAUUACAAAAGGCAGGGAGAAAAACAAGAUCUGAUUCUGUGGUGAAACCAUCCGCUCAGAAAAUGCUGUUCAAUGCAAAAGUAAUAACUGCAUACUAUUAACUGUAACCGUAAACCUGAGCUAAUAUAAUGUGGUGUUUAUUCCCACUGAGUGGGCUCCUGUGAGUCUGGUCUUUUGCAUCUCCUUAAUCCCUGCACAUGCUACUUUAUGCAUUUUCCUUUCUGACACUCCAGCUUUACUACCUGCUGUCUGUGUGCCACAUGCAAUUUUGGUAAGCGUGCAGGAUUAGAUUUUUAGCAGUAGUUAGCACUGGCUGGCAUUUGUAUGCUACCCGCAUUCAGUUCAGUUACUGACUGUGCACAGGGCAGUAAUUGCAGUUUCAGGAAGCUAAGGUUAAUGAGUAAAUUGAGUUUUAUGUUUUCCUGGGUCAUAAGAUACUGAUGGAUAAAAUGUAUUUGUGUAGGAGAUAUUUCAGUUGUGGCAGUUGUGCUAGACUGUGCUAGCAGCUCAUAAAGAAAGUUUAGGUGUCUGCUGAAAUUGAAAAUGUCAUUGAUAAUGAAACCCAAAGGAGAAUGGAAGAGAGCUGUUCUGUCCAGUUCCACUUCUCUUUUCCCACCAAAUGGACACAGCAUGCAAUUUGGUCAGUGAGAAAAAGCAGACUGCAGCUCCUCUGCAAUAAGACCAACUUUCGCUAUGCAUUGCACGGUUCUAAGUAAGCGUCGUGAGUAAGUAUUAGUGUUUGAGAGACAAAAACAAAAAAGCAAAAAAAAAAGGGGGUUGUCUGAUGUAGGGGUCUAAAUGAAAAUUAGACGUUUACCUCCAGGUGCCUGUCCAUCUCUGGAUAGGUCAGAAAGCAGUCCCUGCGUUACAUUCGUUAUCAGCUUGAUCAACAGGCAUCAGCUUCAUUAAUUGAAUCAAUCAUCCAGGUCUAAUCAGCUACCAUGUAGAAACUGAAUUCCCAUCAAAUCAAUAUGGAUCCUUUUUGUACGCUUCAGUUUUUUAAAAAGCUUUAGGAAGGCAGUGGUUUCGGAGAAAGUCUAACUUGUCCCAGCUCUGCCGAGAGAGGAAGGGGUUAUGCUGCAGUAAUGGCUUUCUGGAAGUUAUGUGCCUUUUAAGGCACCACAUCUUCCUAUAAUAGCAAAACAUAAGAGUAAUUAAUAAGAGGGAGAAUGCAAAUGUAAGUAGGUAUGUGGGACAGUGCAAACCUCAUACCUCAAAUGUUGCACACCGGGCAGUAAUUCAGCUGAGGGUCAGAUCUACCCUGUGUCGCUUGGGGCAUUCAGUGCCUCAUGCUUUCCGUCUCUCUUUACAUCUCCUCCAUCCCCUGUGAGAGGCUUCAGUAAAGAGAGACCUCAGGGAGCUGGACCUGUUUCCUUCCUCCUCUGGCACACUGCAAGUGUAGCAUGUCUGCUCAGCCUCAUCUUUGAUCUCCCUUAAAAACUCUUCAUUAGAAAGUAUGUCUCAGCCAUGGCUAACACCUUGACCUCUCCCCUGAGUGCAUGACCCAUUGUGUCCCCUUCUUGCUCAUUUAGCCCUGUACAAGGCUGUGUUAAGGAGGGCUUGCAAGCUCAGUAACCACUUAUCUGGGCUUUAACUGCUCAGUGUGCUUGGCCACUGUUUCUUUAGGGAAGAGAAUUAGAGGAGCGUUUGAGGAGAAAACAAAGAGAGAAUGGGUAAGGGAUGGGUGUAUGUCACAAGUAGAUUGAAUUUAGAUGAGAGAGUGAAAGGGAGAAUUUAGAUGGGAGAGCAAAGGAAGAAGACACGAGACUAAUCAAACAAAUAUUAAUGGGGUACUAGGAGAGGUAAUUGUGCUCCUUAGCAUUAAACAUGUAUUGUCAGCCUGUCAGAAUUAGUGGGGGAGAUGCUUACCUUGUCAGCACUAGCUGAGCCGAGCUCCUGGUGUGCCCAAAUGUACCAUCAAACAGCCUCUUGCCAGUCAGAAGGGGGGCAGCUGAGCACUGCACAAGCUGCACACCAGCUCUCCUCUGGCAACCCUAGUAAGCAAGCAGGGCUCAGAUGCUUGGGUCAGGAUCCAAGGAGCUGUCACAUGAAAGUCUCAUGCACAUUUCAUACCUACGGGCCGGGACUGCCAGGAGCCUCCAGAGCACUACUGCAGUGGGAGCAGAGGAAUUAGAGAGGAUGGGACGGAAGGAAGGAAAGGAGAGAGGAAGCAAGGAAGGAAAGAGCAGACAGGCUGAAAUGGAAGAGAGAUACUGAAACAAAUGUUGAUAAUAUUGGAAAGCCAACAAAAUCAUUAGCGUAUGAGUGAAAACAUCUUUCAACUAGAAACUGCCUGUAUGUACUAUGGUUGUUUCUAAAAUAUAUAUAUAUAGGGUUAUUUCUGUGGUGGCACAGAAAACUAGCCCUCAGCUUUUGCUGAAAGAAUGUCAAUUACACCAGUAAAACCUCUUUUCCUAGUAUUGCAAUAUUUGACAUGACAUUCUGUGUGAUGAGCAAGACAGUAGAACCAAAAGGGAGAUGCAUUAAUGUAGGUAAGUAUUUUCUACAUUGGUGUCCUGGUUUCAGCUGGGAUAAAGUUAAUUUUCUUUCUAGUAGCUGAUACAGUGCUGUGUUUUGAAUUUAGUAUGAAAGUAGCAUGGAUAACACACUGAUAUUUUCAGUUGUUGCUGAGCAACUUUGAGUAAGUCAAGGACUUUUCAGCUUCUCGUGCCCUGCCACUGAGAAGGCUGGAGAGGCACCAGAAGUUGGGAGGGGACACAUCCAGGACAGCUGACCCCAGCUGACCCAAGGGAUGUCCCAUGCCAUAUGGCAUCUUGCUCAGUAUAUAAACUGGAAAGGGAAGCUGGCUGCUCGCCUUUAUCACAACCUGUGGGUUUGAAUCUUCCUAUUCUGUCCCCUGUCCCACUGGCAGGGGCACAGUGACUGAGUGGCUGUGUGGCGCUUAGUUGCCAGCUGGGGUUAAACCACGACAAUUGGAUGAACCUACUUAAAGGCCAUUACGUUAUACUUUCUUGUUCAUACCCUGUGGAUGGCCAAGCACCUAAGCAUAUGUCAGGUAGUUUGAAAAUGUUGCUGGCAUUCAGAAGGGUGGUGUCCUUGACCACUCAUCUCUGGUAGGGCUGUAAUUAGGCAAUUCCUCAAGCUCUGAAUUGGAUUUGUGAGAGCAUUUUCUCCCAUCUAUUUAUAGUUUAUGCUAAUGCAACGUAACAAAGGUGUAUCUUGGCAUUUCUUUGCUUUCAUAGCCUUUUUGUUUUUCUUUUUUUUUAGAUUUCCACAUAAUAUUACCUAUAUUCCACAGCCCUUCUGGUUAGAUGAGGGUGAUCUCUCAUAAUGACUAGUAGUUAUUUUCUAAUAAUCCAAGUAUUUCCAUAACCAAGAUGGAUGUUUCUAAGGGAAUGACUUACAUGUGUGCUUGCAGCUGUGUUCAAAACAUAGUACAGCCAAAGACUAUCAUGACUUUCUGUUACACACCCAAAAUUCAGUUCCAAAAAGUCUUGUGGCUGCAUUUUAAGACCUUGUUUUAAUUCCUAGGCCUCAUCAUGCAAAUAAAAAAAUUCUUGAUGUUGCAGGAUUAGUCAAUGGCAAAACCCAGCGGGAAUAUGAUAUGUCUUCUCCCACUGAAACUGUGGGUGGAGAUCUGGGUUUGCAUCCUUACUCUCUAUUCCCUGUUCCUGACCAAAGUAGAAAUGGUUGGGAUUGUGAUUCUGAGCCUACUUAAAUAAACAUUUAAUAAAUGUUCUGGUUUUCUCAUUAUACACAUGAGUUUCAGAUCUGAGGUUCAGGUGUCUCCAUAGUUCUUUCCUAGGCUCUACGUGAUUAUAUUAGCUUGUGGCUCUAGUCCAGAAAAGAGUGUAAUUUCAUUCUCACAUUUCCAGAGAUUGAUCUCUUCUCAUUAACAAUAAGAGGCAACAUCACGUUUCUAAAAAAAUAUAGUAACAUAUAUCUGAAUUUCCCACCCAUGUAAGCAGUGGAAAAAUGAACAAGAGUGGGAAGGAGUCAUCAUAUCAUAUACUUAAUUCAUCUAAAUCUGGAUGCUUAAAUUAGAUUCCUCCACCAAAUGGAACCAGGACAAGUUAUCUCUUUCACUGUUAGGAAAGCCAAGAGAGAUUAGGCUCCUAAUUUAUUUAUCAAAAUAUUUGGUUGUAUUUGAUUAUGUAUCAAAUACGUUAAAAAGGUGCUCUGAAUAUCUUGCUUUCUCCCCAGCCUCUCAGCUUCUUAAACUAUUAACUUACUGAUCCCAAUGAACUUUCAGAAGUACAGCAGGAUGACUUCUCUUGAGCUCGAGACCAAUGGGAAACAACAAAGAAACUUGAAGAUAGCCGAGAUGGAAAAAUUUUCAGAAAAAAAAUUCCAGAUCUGAAGAGGAGGAGCAGCAGAUAUGCAUCACAGCCACAACAGUGGCUGCUGCUGUCAGCCCACAUGAACUGUGAGACCCUAAUGAGCAAAAGUGGCCAUUCACUUCAUAAAUAUUCAGACUGAAGGACUGAAGAAGAUUGUGUUUUGAAGAACUGACUUCAGACAAUUGAUCAUGUUGAGGGUAACAAGGUAUUUCUGGGAGGCAAAAGUGUGACUCCAGCAGAGCAAGGUUGGCAGGGGCUGCCAUGGGAAGGGCCACCAAGCCUAUGGUCCUCAUAAGCAGAUGCCCAGCAGAUGCCCAUGCCUUGUGGGGCUGUAAGAGCUGUGACAGCCUCCCUACCAUUUGCUUCAGCACCCUAAAUGUUGCAGGAACCUUUAAUCUGAAUCUAGCUAGAUGAAAGAUACUACAUGUAUAACUAGCCAACUUUGAUUACAGUGGAGGUAUCUUCAAAAAUAGAUGAUCUUGGGAACCAAGGUCAAGAUGUGAUUAUAAGAAUUAGAGGCUUUCCUAAAAGUCCUGAGGAAAACAGGAACACAAACUGAAAAACCUAUUGAUUCUUCCAUUUUAAUCCUGAUGACCAGCUACAUCAAACUGGUCUGCCGGGAGCCAUCAUAGAUAAAUCCAAAAUAAAGGAAAAACUGUGUGGACUGGCAGCAGACACAACAGAAAGCUUCCCAGAGGAGAGAAGAGGUAAGGAAUAUAGAACUGCCCUUGUCACUUCUCCUUUGGCAAAUGACUAGCUCUCAAAAACCCUAAUUAGGUUUCCAUCUUUAAAAUGUGAUUUCCAUUUGCUCCCUAAGGUUUAAAAAUAGUGAAAAGAUUUCAGCAAUUGAUGAUACUCUCGAUGGUACUAAAUUAGAGGGUAGAGGAAUUAGAAAUUGCUGCUGUUGGUGUCACAUAGUAAUGGUCUCUCCUUUUCUUCUUGCCCUUGCACCAGGUUGCUGUUCCCCACCACCACAUUCCUGUGCAGCAGCCACGUACCAGAGAGGCAAAUCACCCACCAGUGGUGCUCAGUGGUCACAGUAAGUUUUCUAUCACUUUUGUGUCAAUGUAGCCUUUGAAGCCCUUCACUCAGGUUUACCCACAGGUCUGUGCCUCCAAUCUUUCCUCAUGUACACAGUAUUGUGAAAGAGGAAAAAAUUUUGCCUCUACGAGUGGUUUUGACCACAGGUUAACUUAACUGACUGCAAUGGAAAUUCUCUAGAUUUGCACUGCUGUGAACUAAGCCAGGCUUGGGGGAUCUGUGUGUGGGUUAUAGACUCCUUAGUUGCCUAUGGGCAGCAUUGUCCUCUGACUCAGAAAUAUCUUUGCCUUGGGGAAAAAUAAUAUACCUCCCCCCCAAAUUCUUGUCUUUCUUGGUUCACAGACACAAUCUCUUUAACAUUGCCCUGCAUUUGUCUUAAUUUAUUGGACAAAUGUCAGAAAAGGCUGUUAGUUGUUUCCACUGAAAUCUGUGAGUGAUAAACACAUCUGUUAUAUUCCUGUACACUAACUGUGCACAUUUUUGAUGAAAUAGUCCCCUAAUUCAAAAGCAUCUCACCUGCUCUCAAUAUGACAGCAAUAAAAACAUAGCUAUGUGCUGUGCUUCUGGCAUAGUUUCAGCUCUUCCACAUUACUUAAAUCGUGAACAUAUAUUCCAGUUAGCUUAGGCUUCAGGCCUUAAAAGCUCAAUGUGAGUAAUGAAGGGAAAGCAAUCUGAUUAGCUGGUGGAGCUGACUAAAAGGCACCUUCAUUACAAAGGAGCUUAAAAAAGGAAUAAAACUAUAUAAAAUGGAUUAAAGGUAUAAUAAUAACGAUAGUAUCAAACAGCAUAACAAAGAAAAAUGUCUGCGUUCAACUGAAAUUAAUAUUUAAUUGAUGGUACAGGCACGUCCAUGGCUUUAUAGUCUUCUGUUUUAAUGAUCUUAACCACAGCUUGAGGUCCUUUGUCUUGUUCCCUUCUACUGAUGUCAGCUGGAAGAGACAGAGAUUAAAACAAGGGUAAUUUCCCCAUGGUCGACGCUUGGCACUAUUUCUGCUUUGCUCAGCCGUGAACUGAAGUUUAAAGGAUGAAGUGCUGUCACUCAGACUGAUUCUUCCCUCCAACCUAUCUUACCAGGGUUAACCACUCAGCCAGUCACCAAGGAAACGUGUGGCUCCUUUGCCCAUCUUACAGCCACCCCACAGCCUCGUGUUGGGAACGUCACCAUAAUCUCAUUAGGAGGUUGAAUUUGCCAUUGAAGCUUGAAUUCCCCUAACAGGAGGGGAGUGGACUAAUGCAAUUAAGCAAAUUAGCGUUUUGAGCCACUGCAUGGUAUCUGUCCAAUACCAUGAGCAAAGAGUAGGUAGUUUUCUUCCUCUCUUAAAAAAAACAAAAAAGGAAAACAAACAACAAAACCACCACUCCAGUCCUCUCUCCACGUUAUGUUCAGGGAAAUAAUACAGUCCCCUUUCAUCUGUAAAGGUCUUUACAAAUGGGAAGAUAAUUAUUCACUUGACCAAAAACCUGAAUUGUUUCCCUUUAUUUUUUCAAAUGCUCCCAUCCCAGUGGUUCUGAUUGUUUUUAUCAGCAUAAUGUUUAUGCUUAUAAAGGUAAAGUCGAUAAACCCAGAACAUUUUGUUCUUCUCUUAUGUGUAUGUGACAGUGGUUACCAGGUCAGAACAAAACUCCUGUUGAUUUCAAAUCUAUUCUGAUAUGAAAUGCUUCUUAAGUGCUAUGAAUUGCUAUUUUAAAAUACACCAGAUUUUCAGGAGAUAAUUCCAGCAUAUUCAGUAAUUCUCUAGAAAGGCAGAUUAUUAAAUGCCUAAGGCAGCGCUUUUCUGCCUUUUGUUGUGGGGUUUUGAGGCUAAUCCAGUUCCCUCCUCCCUCCCUCACUCUGCCAAGUAAACAAAGCCACAAGAGCGGACUGUAGCGAGACUCAGGAACCAUAAAUCUUUGAAUAAUAUCCUGGCACGUGAGUUUCCAAAGGCAGCAUAUUUCUCUGGGAGUACUGGGGAGAGAGAGAGGGAAGGAAGGGAGCAGUGGUACCCUCCUGAUGAUAAUGCUGCCGUCUCCAUCACAGCAUUUCUUCCUAGGGAGGUAGAAGAUGGAAUGACAUGGGUAGGAUCUAGGAGCCUCUUAUGCAUUUUGAUUACCAAAGAGCUUACGCCGCUGGCUGCUUGCUGCCUUCAUCUUUGAAUGGGAAAGGCAGGAAUAACAAGUGCAUUUUAGUAGAUGUUAUUGUGCUACCACACAUCUCCUCACAAACAAAUCACAGUCUGCCACCAGGCACUGGAGUCAGAAGGAGUGAGAACAUGGGUUAUUCCUAAAUAAGGGCAUUGGUUAUACACUCAACUUUAUGUAAUACAUGGUUCCUACCAUAAGCUGCCUACAAAAUUGAUAUAUAUUAUGUAGGCAGUAUACAUAGUCCCAAAGGAUAGCGUAAUCUUAGCAGUUUUUCCUGAAAAUGCAAGGGACUUCAAGACUGAGUCAGUGCUGAGAAUAUCUGUCACAAAAUUGAAAAGAGAAUGUAGUAUAGAUAGUGCUGCAGUUAUUUGAAAAGCGUCACGAAGCUCAGUAUUUCAGUGGUCACAAACUCCCAAAAUGUCAGAGCUGAGCUGGUACUGAAGAGAAGCUGAAAUGUGCUGAAACAGAAAAUACAAGACUGAGGCUUACAAACAAAAUGAGCUCUGCACUGUGAUGGCAAUAGCCAUACAGUUUGGAUUAAAGUAUUUUGAUAUUUAUGAUAUCAGAUCAGAGGAGGACAAAUUAAAAAAAAAAAAAAAAAAAGAAUUAUGUUUUAAAAUAUCUUUUUAGCCCCUGAUACCAUCAAAAGAUAGAACCCGGGGUUGAAUUAUUUUCCUAUGUAAGUUCUUAUGUAACAUUGCUGUAAAGUAGUUCUGGUUUGCCUAUUUAUUUUUUUUCCUUUUAUCAUGUUUGGAUUUAAAUGUAGCCCUAAUCCUGCAUAUCCUGCUUUAAAAAGCUUAGAUCCAUCAUGUAUUGUAUAGUAUUCUUUAAACCACUUUGCUCUGUAGUGUGUGGUAGCCUUCAGUUAACAAUACAGAUUUCAGUUCUUAACCUUACAUUUGAUAGCUUUGAUUGGAUUAUAUUCUUCAUUUAAUACAAUGUAAAAUUUCAAAUAUGCAUACUAAUUGAGACCAAUGAUACCCAGCCAAAAUAUUAGCAUUAUUUAAUGUCAGUUAUCAGAUAAAACAUGCAGUAGCAACACAGAUUUAGGGGCAAAUUCACCAAGAUACCAAAGAAUAAAAAGUAAAGCGUAUCAUCUGGGAAUACUGAGUUUACAGCUUAUAUUUUCCUAUGAAUUUUCCCCAGUAGUUUAUAUUUUCCUCUAUUCAGAGGAACAUUACCUAGCCAUUGAGAUACAGACUAAGAAUCUGACCUCUAUCUUUGGGGCUGAUCUAUGAGGUUGCAAGACUGUUAUGAUGAUACAAAUAUUAUAUGAAAUGAGAGCAUUCCUAGUCUAUUCCUAAUUUUGCAUCAAACUAGUCAGUACAUAUUCUUGAAAAUUCUUCAAGGGCAAAAACCAUUAAUGUGACAUUUUUGACAAAAAAAAAAAAAAAAAGGAAAAAACACGAGAGAUUGAAGCCAUAUUUAGUAUCCAUCAUGAAAGGCAACUUUAUUUGAAGAGAUGUGAAUGUGAAUGGGUGUUACUUGCUCUUAAGGAGGUAAGGUAGGAAAACACUGCUAAGUACCCAUGAUUAGCUUUCCCUGGUCACCCUGUUUCAUCCCACAGUGAGGUAAUGAGUUCACUGAGCACCUGUUAUCUUUUUCCCCUCCUUCCCUGUUCUGUUUUUGAUGGUAUAUUUCCUGGCAAAGAGAUUUUCCGUCAUGUCACACAAGGUAAUUUGCACAGCUCACCUCUACUACAAAUCUUUAUUUAUAGAUAUAUAAAAUAUAUACCAAAAUGCAGCUUUGCAUCUGCAUCUCUGCCUUGACCUACUGCCAGACUUAAACAUAAUGUUUUCAAACUCUGCAGGCCUACGGCAUCUCUCUUACCCUGAUUAUAUUUUAUGCUUGGAAAGAAGCAGGAAGCAUGGGUAACCCCACGAAGCUGGGAGGAUAAGACCUUAAAAAUUAUGCUGCAGGCAAGAAGAAUUUGAAGAGAGGACUAAUGUGGCCCAAAGGGCAAAGGGCAUUUUAAUACUUCAAAUGAGCAGGAGUUAGAAGAGAAGAAAAGAGAAGAGAAAGGAGAUGGAGAUAAACAAAGGCAGGGACAUGCUUAAGGGAAAGCAUCGUAAAAGAAGAGAUUCUAAAUGCUGAAAAUGAACCUGCCUUUUUACCCUCUUUUUGUAUUUCAUGUAGUCACAUGAGCACAGUAGCUGUUCAUCUAGACCACAGGAUUCAUUAAUAACUUUUUUAUCUUUUCUGGAGUCUGUUAAAAUAGUUCAUGGCUUUGCCUCCUGAGAUAGUGAACCCUUUUCUUGAAUGGAAGAAGUAUGGUGUACAGAGUCCAAAAUUAAAGCAACUAAAGAGAGUUUACAAAUUGUGGUAGGCUUAAAAAUAAUUAGCAACAAGUACCAAUUUGGUAGAUGUUAAAGAUAUUUCUUGGUCUUCAGUGGAGAAUAGGAGUGUUAUAAAAAUAGAUAAGCAUAUCUGGAAUGUGGCAACACAGAUUUUUAGCACAAAAGUCCAAAAGAAAUGAGGAGGCAAACUGUUGUAUGGCAUGCAGAGACACUGCCACACCUGAAUCCAUUGCUGUUGACGGACAGCAAAAAGUAUGAGUCUGGUGCGCAUCCUUCUUCAUUCAAGUGAUGCCUGUCAUACUAUAAUGCUUUAUACUAUUGUUCACUGUUUAUUGCCAAAGGGAAGUGUCCCAAUUUUAAUAUCAGCACUUUGCCAGAAUAAAUCCCAGACGCCUGUUUUUUGGGAAAAAUAACAUUGAUUCAUGGAGAGAAGUUGACUAACAGCACAGCAGAAUACUGGGGGGGGGGAAAGAUAAAAAUAAUGGAUCCUUAGUGUUCCUUUCUGUGCAGGAAGGGCUCUAGUUAUCAUGCAAAUGAUACAAAAUUAAUGUAUCCAUGAAUUAAAAAUGAGAGGUGGCAUAAACAUAAACUCACUGCUGUUGAAAUGGAACUGCACUGCUGUGUUUCUCAUGAAUUGCCACUCCUCAGAGCAAAGCUGCUCACCCUUAGAGGGGUGCAUGGCUUCUGCACCACUAAACACAGGAAGCAGAAGGACGUGCUCGUACGAGAGAGGUCUGUGUUAUGUGGGGUGGAUUUGUUAGAGGCACUGCCAACAGGUGUUGCACACAGCUAUGGUGUCUCAUGGAGCCUCCACCAGCCCCUCACUCCUCCCUGCUCUCCAUCGCCUAACUAUUCUUCAUCCACUUGGAAAGGGUGUGUGUCUUCAUCAUUUUGCAAGCAUAUGCAAAAAACAAAUAUGCGGAAUACAUUUUUGAAAGAAUUAUUUGCUCGUCUCUAGUCCCCAGUCUUGCAUGGGUCUAAAUUUAAUUUACUACAAGAUUAUCUAUUACCUAAUUUCAUUGAGGUUUUCCUAGAGUCUGUCACAGUUUUGAGCCACCAGAAUAGUAUUUUGCUAUGAGCAACUAUGGUGAAUGAGGAUGUUCACUUUAUUUUCUAAAUUGCAAAUAAACAGGUUGAAAUUGCCAAUUGUAUUGUGAUAUUCCUUGACAAGUUCAACAGUUGACAGAUUUCCAUUUUUACCAGUUAUCCCUACGUACUUGCCACCUUGCCAUAAAUUUUUGGCUCAUGACAAGAUGAAUUGUCAAGAACCUCCAAAGUCAGAUUUUAGCAAAACUCUUCAGAAAAUUUGAAGUAAAUGGUUUAUUGUGCAUUUCAUAAGCUCUUGGUAUUUAGAAGAAAGUUAGUUGUUCUGUGGAAGUCUCAAUGGCUUCAUUUUAUUAUUUCAAAUUAAUGUCUGUGCUACAUCCAAUGCUGAAUCAUCUGUACUCAGAGUGGAGCUGGUUUGUGAUUUCACUUCUGUGCUGCCACCCCCUCUUGGAAGCGGAGAUCUUCCUACUCUUUUUUUCCCUCUGGGCUUAAUCUAGUCUUACCCAAGCAGUCACAAGCUGUGCCACCAUAGUCAGUGGAUUUAACCUUCUGCAGGGAAACAAGCAGCAGAGCCAGCAUAUGCAGGGCUCCAGCUCACACUCCAGCCUGCACUCCCAGAUUAUUCAUAUGGCUCUGCCAGGGGAUGGAGGACACAAACCCUUGCAAGACAGCCAAGCCCGUGGCAGCACAGAUAGCAGAAAAAGUGGAAAACUGAACCCCAGCCCUGUCUUCUCACAACUCAGGGCUGAGGGACUGUGGUCAGGGCGAGCACCUCUGCCAGCAGAUGUGAAGAACAUUGCCUGCAUCCUGCUGUGAAGGGGGCUGGUUCUCACUCCUGCCACAACAAUAACACUCCUGGAACACCCAUUCCAUGGCAUCCCUGCAACAAGUGCCUGUUCUUACCAAGGUUAGGACAAAUUCAUUUGGGAAGUUGCAGUGUCAGUGUAAAAAAGACAGCAGUGUGAACCUGUAAUCGCUCCCAGACCAAGAUACAUAUACAAUAAACUGAGGGUUUGGUUUAUCUUGUCUUUAAGGUUGAAAGAUCUUUGUGUGAAUAUUGGACCAAUUAUUGCACAGGUAAGGCAUUCAUAUACAUUUAACAUCACAAGACUGGUCAGUGCUAGCACUGUGCUGUCACCUCACAAUUUUUAAUUAAGAUUAUUAGAGCUUUAAUUCCACUGCCAGGCAAGAAAUUGACAAAGAGAUAUUUCUUCCUUCAGAAGCUGGAGAACAGACUCCAAGCUUUCUUACAAGAUAAGAUUACUAGAAAACUUUUCUUCCUCCUUGUUUUUCCUGCCCUGGCAAGACACUUCAACACAGUUCUGAGCUCAACUCUGCAACCUGAAAUGCACUAAAUCAAUUAGUUAUCAGAUUGUAUCUUAUUAUUUCUGAAACACCAGCAUUUCUGGUAAUAAAUGUAAUAAAUAUAAAGAACUGCUUCAAUCUAGCUUCAGAAAAGAGAAGUGCUGAAGUGUUGUAAAGAUACAAUGGGUGUCAAAUUACUGAGCCUUUUUUGAAUAUCUACUAAUUCAGUGCUAAGGACACUUCUUGUGUAUCUACAGGUAGUCUGCUGAUCUGAAAAUAUUUUUUAGUGAAUACUAAUUCUCUGUUUUAGUGAAAAUCUUUAUUGUUGAACCUCAUAUUACAGGUGUGGGGCAACAACACUAUCCAUUCUGCUUCUGAUGAGAAACAAACUGUAAUACACUGCAAGAUAAGUUAAGAAAGUAAACAAAGCUUCCUCUUCAGUUUCUGAAUAGGAAGUGCUAGCAUGUUUAUUUAAAUUCAAAAAUUAAAGUUGAUGACUUAUUUACUGAAAGAGCAUAGAACCCUGAACAUACCCCUAGUAGUGUUUUUGGGGACUUAGGUUGCGCUGAGAUUGUAGGUCUUUCUCCACAAUCAGUGGUCCAUUUUUCAAACAUCCCUCUGAUGUAUGAAAAUCAAUCUUACUUGCUUAUGCUUCUCUUUAUGCCAGGUUAACACAUUCCUGCUCAUUGGUUCUUCUUCUUCUGGGCCUUUAUUUUUUGGUACUUAAGCACUGAUGAGUGAGAGUUUGCAUGUUCCAUUGCUUUCUCAGCUUAUUGUGAAGCCUUCUCAGGUGAGUCUAAACUACAGGAAGUAACUAUGUGCUUGCCUCAAAGGUGCUGCAUAAUCAAGAGCCAGAGUGUCAGAUGGGGAUGCAGUGCUGUGCCCCAAAUUCAGAUGGGAGAAUUGGAGAGGAAAUUCCAUGUGGAAACAUAGGAAGUGUGAAGCAGACUUCAAUAAUCAGCUUUCCUAACAGAAAAGCAGAUGCAUGGAGGACAAAGCAGCUCCUAAACCAUCACAGUCAGACUAUUUGUAAGAAGGAAUUGUUCGGGAUUUUCAGAAGCAAGAAAAAAACUAGGGAGCAGCUGUCUCAAAAACCAGACUUAAAUAAAAAAACAGCUUUGAAGGGAACUGGCUCUUAAGUCAGAGGUCCUAAAGGUUUAGGAUCAAUUGGAGGUAGAUUAAUUGAAAUUACUAUAAAGAGAUAAAAUAAAGAUUAUGGCAUGUCUGCCCAUGGCAUCUUAGGAGGAAAUGAAGUGGGAAUGAAAAAAAUUUGGGAUUUAGUUUCUGCUGGUAACAGCUUCCUUAGUCAUGGUCAGAAAAGAAAUAGUGUGAAGAGGUGCUAAGGGUAGGAGGAAAUAAUACAGUGGGAAUGGAACACUGUGGAAAAAUACUGACUCUAAUUGCUAAAUUUGGCACAGAUAUAUCUAGCAAGUUAAUCCUACUGAAUGUUUGCUAUAUUGGGAUAUUGGUUAGUUAUCAGAGGUAUGUGUGUGUGUGCAGAAUAUGAUUUUUUUGCAGCUUUCUUCAGCCAACUGUACCAUUAGAAAUGGAUAAUUUAUAAUAUUCUGACUGACGUUUUGCUCAGUGUAAGGUGACACCUCCCUUGCAGAAUAUCCAAGCUAAUCACACUGCCAACAAACAAUCAUCUUAUUAGUCUGUCUCUUCAGCUUUUACAAUGUUUCAUUAUUCUGUUAAAUAUUUCUGAUGUUGAUAUUUUAUCAAACUAUAUUUUGCAAACAAUAUAUCCAGUAAUGCAUAUCAAUUUCAAUAAUCAGAAAUUGUGAAAAGCAUCCAUCUUCAGUAAAAAACAAUUACAUGACCCAUCUUUCUUUUUCUUCACUGAAUACCUGAUAAAUCAGUGCUAUCUUUCUGUGCCAGCUCCCCACUGCCUAUGAAGAAAGACCCAAAAUGAGCUGUUCCUCUUUUGGUGCCUGUGAUUAAAGCCAGCCUUUGGUUCUCAGUGAUUCUCAUACUCAGGGAUGCAGAUAGAGCCAGCAAUAAAACUUCUACCCUGGACUUCCAGAGGGCAGGUUUCAGCCCACUCAGAAGACUGGUUCAGAGGGUACCUUGGGAAACAGCCCUUGAAAACAAAGGGGUCCAGGAGGGAUGGACAUGCUUCAAGAAGCAAGUCUUGAAUGCACAAGAGAAGGCUGUCCCAGUGUGCUGAAAGGUGAGCCGGCAGGGAAGAUGGCCAGCCUGGCUGAACAGGGAGAUUUUAAAGGAACUACAGGGAAAAAAGAGAGCUUACUGACUAUGGAAAAAAGGGCUGGCUACUCAUGAAGAGUUUAGGAAUAUAGUUAGGUCAUGUAGAAAGAAAAUUAGAGAGACAAAGGCACAAUCUGAACUCAGUUUAGCCACUUCUGUUAGGGAUAACAAGAAGUGCUUCUACAAGUAGCAAAAGGAGGGGCAAGGAAAACCUCCAUUAUUUGUUGGACAUGGAGGGUAACAUAGUCACCAAAGAUGAGGAAAAGGCUGAGGUACUUAACACCUUCUUUGCCUCAGUUUUCAACAGUGAGACAGGCUGUCCUCAGGACAACUGGCCUCUGGAACUGGAAGACAGAGACAGGAAGCUGAAUAGACCGUCUCUAAUCCAGGAGGAAACAGUGAGUAACCUGCUGAGCCACUUGGAUCCCCACAAGUCUAUGGGACAGAUGGGAUCCAUCCUAGGGUGAUGAGGGAGCUGGCAGAAGAGCUUGCCAAGCCACUCUCCAUCAUUUAUCAACAGUCCUGGCUCACUGGGGAGGUCCCAGAUGAUUGGAAGUUGGCGAAUGUCACACCCAUCCACAAAAAGGGCUGCAAGGAGGACCCAGGAAACUACAGGCCUGUCAGCCUGACCUCAGUGCCUGGCAAGGUUAUGGAGCAGAUCAUCCUGAGUGCAAUCACACAGCACCUACAGGAUGGACAAGGGAUCAGAGCCAGCCAGCACGGGUUUAGGAAGGGCAGGUCCUGUCUGACCAACCUGAUCUCCUUUUACGAUCAGGUGACCUGCCUGGUGGAUGAGGGGAAGGCUGUGGAUGUGUCUAUCUGGGCUUCAGCAAAGCCUUUGACACCGUCUCCCACGUCAUAGUCCUGAAAAAGCUGGCAGUCCAUAGCUUGGACAGGGGCACUCUGUGCUGUGUCAGGAACUGGCUGGAGGGCCGGGCCCAGAGAGUGCUGGCGGCCGGUCACCAGUGGUGUCCCCCAGGGAUCAGUGCUGGGCCCAGUCCUGAUUAAUAUUUUUGCUGAUGAUCUAGAUGAGGGGAUUGAGUGUACCAUGAGCAAAUUUGCAGAUGACACCAAGCUGGGAGGGAGUGUUGAUCUGCUGGAAGGCAGGAGGGCUCUUCAGGGACCUGGACAGACUGGAGAGAUAGUCUGAUUCCAACAGGAUGAGGUUCAACAAGGCCAAGUGCCUAGGAAGAAAUUUUCUACAGAGAGAGUAAUCAGACAUUGGAAUGGGCUGCCCAGGGAGGUGGUGGAUUCACCAUUUAAGGUGAGACUGGAUGUGGCACUUAGUGCCAUGAUCUAGUAACCAUGGUGGUGUUGGAUCAAGAGUUGGACUUGAUGAUCUCAGAGGUCUUUUCCAACCCGAUUGAUUCUAAAAUUCUGUGAUUCUCGAAUUAUUUAGUCUCUUCCUUUUGCAUGUCAUCAGACAUCCAGGAGUUCAAAACAGUGAAAUGUUUUAUGACUUUCAAGGUAUUGACUGAGCAUAGCUACCACCUCCCCCCCCAAAAAAACACCUGGAUUGAACUGCACCUGCAGCAUUUAGGGGUUAACCAGGAACAAAAGAAGCUGUAUUGAUUCUACUUUCUAAAAGAGAGACUUGUGGAAAGGCAAUAAAUGAUCCCUGGAAGAUGAGUGGCACGCAGUGCUGUGCUAGCAGAUCCUAAGUACUUGUGCCUGACAGUGUGGAGCAGAUGAUAAAUUUUAAAGUGUGCAUGUGGCUGUUUAUUUACAUGGCAGGUGGUUUGUGAGAAGGAAAAGUACAAAUUUAUUAAUAUUGGAAACUGCAUGUUUCCUUUGUUACAUUCUAAAAUAGGCAGUAACACUUUUGGCAAGGUAUGUGCUCCUAGUAUUUGAGGUUCACAGAUGCCCCUUAGUAUGAUGGCAUGAUAUAUUAAUUUUUGAGGGUUUUUUUUCCCAUUGGACAUGAAAGAGGAAUUGUACACACCUGGAAACACCCACCUGUAACAGGGUUGUAGAUUUCAGCCUGGGAAGGGCUGGAGGAAUUGGGAGAGUGGGUAGUUCUGUGCUGGAGAAGGGAAGGAUGGCCUCACCUAUGGGAACACCUUCUGCUUGCACAGGAACACCCAAGCUCUCCCCCCCAAGCAAGGGUGCAAGAGCCGUGUUUGCUUCCCAGCCUGAGCCUGAUCCCAGGAGGUUUCACACGCAAAGACACAAAGGCUUAGCACCAGCAGGAAUUACUGAUAGCAGUCAGUGAGCCCCAACAGCCCCUUGGUAUCUGGGGGUUUGGUCUUUAAUUCCUGCAGUCCGAGGAAGGCUUCAAAGCCAUACUUCCCACUUGCUGCCCUGCCACAUGGCCACCAGGCCCUCUGCAAGAGGUGAGGUCCUGCUGUUCUCUCAUCAAAGCUGUGUUUUGUAUGGACUCCAAUCCCUACCAGAAAUCCCUACAGAAAGCAUUAGUGGUGACCUCAUGAUACCUAGGGGCUCCAUUGCUGUCUCUGAGUGAGCAGGUAUGGACACAUACAAGGAAAAAGCUCUGCUCAUCCAGGAUGAGCAGAUUUUGUGGCCAAAAUUAAGAUUACCAACAGAGUUAUGAGUCUGUGGGUUUGGGUGAUGGGGUUUGGGGGAUGACAGUUUUGGAUUAAUGUGCCUUAAGUCUCCUGACACUCUUCUACUACUUAAGUCCCUUAUAUGACCUAGUCAUGUAAUUAUUUCCAUUCCCUGAUUGAAUUAUGGCAAUUAGGAAUAUUGUUACUGUAGGACAGAAGCUCCAGUAAAGAACUGAGACCUUUAAUAACCAGGUUUUGUACAAAUAAGGAGCAAGCAGUGACAAUCUAGGUAUAACUCCUGGGACCAGGAAUAAAGCUUUAAAAAAGGUCUUUGGGGCUUUGAAUUCCCCAGGGAGAGAUAGCAGUUGACAGAGAGAUUGCAAAAAAAAAAAAAAAAAGGGAUUUGUGAGCUUGAAGAUGUCACACAUUUUUUCUGUUGAAGCUAUGCCUCGUUGCUGUUGUUAACGUGUCACCGUAACACCUGCUGGCCCUGAUUAGGAUUCCUCUGGGAUGGUAUAAUCACAGAGCACAACGUGGCCACAAAGAAAUUACAGCUCAUGAUCUGCAACAUAUAAAGGGGCAAUAAUGAUAGACUCAACCAGACUGAUGCUGGCUUAUCCAUACAUAUGGCCUGCAUGGAUGCAUUUGUGUCUUCAUUUACUAUUUUGAUUUAGCUCCGUAAACAUCAGUGCUCCCUUAUAACUCCGAGCCUGGCCAUUAUAAGGUGGCUGCUUUUAUGGUGUCAUUGAAGGAGAUCUCAAAUAGGGAUUUGAAAUCGGAGAAAAUAACAGCUUAGGCUACUGUAAGCUGGGCUGGCUGAGGGACAAAUUUACAUUUAGAUUGAGCCUCUUCACAUCUUCUCUAAGCAAUUGUAAACUCUCUCGUGCCUCAGCCCUAGAAAAGAAUUUAGACAGUCCUGCACUGCCAAAAACGGUGUCCUAUGCUUUGUAAGAUGUGCGAUAGCUCAUCUAAGUAGUCAGGCUUAGCAUCUACUUUUCAUAAUUAUUUGUGCAAAUACAACUCAGUUAUCAAAUGUCAGCAUUAAUCAGACAAAGGAUAUCAGCAUUGCCAAAAUAAAUGGAUCAUAAAAGUGUUA